AAAUAUAUUUUGAAUUUGCCUGAGUCUUGCUAAACUAAGAGUUUGAAACAUCGGUUAAUUAUGUUAAUUCUUGUCUCUAAAUAUAUCAUUUUGUAAGUUAACAAGAUAAUGCAAGGUAACCACUAUAAAUAAUUAAUGCUUGUAAGCAAAUAUCCUUCACCAGAUUUCCAUGCAUGCUUUAUUUGGCUGUGCUUUAUCUUUGUCCUAAAUAGUUGUGCUUCUUCGCCUUGAUCAUGACUCUAACUAACAUUGAUCAUGAGAAGCAAAUAUACUGCUUCAAAGUCUUCUAUGCAUUUCUUGUGGUGCUUUUACUACACAUGAACAAUCCUUGCAUUGGAUGCAGUGAGAGGGAAAUGCAAGCCCUCCUUGCAUUCAAACAAGGCCUCGUGGAUGACGACAAUCGCCUCCUUUCAUGGGGAAGAGAAGUGCAAGACAAAGACUGUUGCCAAUGGGCCGGAGUCUACUGCAGCAACCACACUGGCCAUGUUGUUAAGCUUGAUCUUGAAGACCAAUUUUUGCAAGGUACGAUUAGUCCUAAACUCGUUGAGUUGCAGAAUUUGGAGUAUUUGAACCUUCGUUUCAAUAAUUUCAGUCGGAGACAAAUUCCAGAUUUCAUUGGAUCUUUGAGCAAUUUAAGAUACCUCGAUCUCUCUUAUGCAAAUUUUAGAGGUGAAAUUCCAUAUCAUCUUGAAAACCUGACACACUUGGAAUAUCUCGAUCUCAGCUCGAAUCGAUUUAUUUAUGCAAAAAACCUCAAUUGGCUCUCUAAUCUUUCUUGUCUAAAACAUUUGGACUUCAGUUUUACUGAUCUCGCCGGUGUUGUUGGUUGGCUGGAAGCAGUUAAUAUUCUUCCUAAAUUAAGAAACUUGAUAUUACAGGGGUGUAAUCUUCCUCCUCCAACUAUAUCCUCUGUUUCUGUUAUGAACUCUUCUAAAUCUCUUGUUCGUGUCGAUCUCUUCCGCAACAAUCUUCAAUCUUCAAUCUUCCAAUGGUUGUCCAGUACUCAUACCAACCUUGUUCAUCUUGAUCUCUCUUGGAACAAUUUAAAUGGUUCCUCAAUUCCUGAUUAUUUCGGGAACAUGAGCUCUCUUGCAUAUCUUGCUCUCUCUAGUAGCAGACUUAAAGGAGGGAUCCCAAAUUCGUUUGCCAAGUUAUGUAGGUUGCGAGAGUUGCACCUAGAGGGUAAUAGCCUUAGCGGACAACUUUCAGACAUUAUUGACAUAUUGUCUAAAUGCGCUCAAAACACAUUUGAGUAUUUGGAUAUAUCUGAUAAUCAUGGCAUUAUGGGUUCAGUGCCUGACCUCACGAACUUUUUAUCAUUGAAAUACUUGGUUCUCGGGGGCAAUAAAUUAAGUGGAAGAAUACCUGAAAAUAUUGGACAGAUGUCUAAGUUGGAGGCUAUUGAUUUUGGUGGGAAUUCUUUGGAAGGAGUGAUUUCAGAAAUCCAUUUCUCAAAACUUUUCAAAUUAAAGUAUUUGUCUUUAUCCUCUAACUCUCUAGUUUUAAACUUCCAUUUUGAUUGGGUUCCUCCCUUCCAAUUGGAGUCGAUAAUAUUGAGGUCUUGUAAGAUGGGGCUGUCUUUCCCAAAAUGGCUUCAAACUCAGAAAAGUGUUUUAAUUCUUGAUAUUUCUGAUAAUGGAAUUACUGAUACCAUUCCGAGUUGGAUUUGGGAUUUGUCACAUAAAUUAUUCGUUAUGGAUCUCUCUCAUAAUCAAAUUAGAGGAACAAUUGGAAAUUUGAGAUCGGAGUUUCCACCUAAGCUAAAUGUGAGUUGGAACCAAUUGGAGGGUCCAAUCCCUUCAGCUCUAUCAAAAGUUACUUUUUUAGAUCUCUCCAAUAAUAAAUUUUCAGUGGCAGCAGCUUCUUUUUUGUGCACAACCAAGGAUAGUAGUUUAGCUUUUCUUGAUAUCUCAAGCAACCAUAUAUUCGGAGAACUUCCGGAUUGCUGGAUCCAUUUUAAAAAAUUAGUCUUUCUUGAUUUGAGCAAUAACUCUUUAUCUGAAAAAAUUCCUACCACUAUGGGGUACUUGUUUAGCAUCGAGACACUAAGACUAAAUAACAAUGGAUUUGUGGGAGAGUUGCCUUCACAGUUGAAGAAUUGCAGAAACUUGACACUUUUUAAUCUUGCGGAAAAUAAAUUAUCGGGAUCAAUACCUGAAUGGUUAGGGGCAAGUCUCCCGAAUUUGACUAUCCUUAUCCUUCAAUCUAAUAACUUCUAUGGAAGCAUCCCACCACAAUUAUGCCAUCUCACUCGUAUUCAACUUUUGGAUUUGUCGAUGAACAACAUCUCUGGAACUAUACCCAAAUGUCUCAACAAUUUGACUACUUUGACUCAAAAAGGAAGUUCAAGUCAAACUAUCCAUCAUUCCUUUUUAGGUGAUUAUCUACGAGGAUACUUUUCAGGGUGUUAUGAUGAUGAAGCAUCUUCAACAUGGAAAGGAUUCAGAGCUGAAUUUAAAAGUAAUCUAGGACUCCUAAAGAGUAUUGAUCUUUCAAGCAAUAAGUUGAUUGGGGAGAUUCCUAGUGAAAUCACUUAUCUUCUUGGUUUGAUUUCUUUAAACCUGUCGAGAAACCAAUUAACAGGUCAAAUACCUUCAAGGAUUGGAAAUUUGCAGGAGUUAGAGUCUUUUGAUUUAUCAAGAAACCAGAUAAAUGGCAGAAUUCCAACAAGUCUUUCUUGGAUAGCUCGUCUUGCUAAGUUGGACUUGUCAGAAAACAACUUGUUUGGAAAAAUUCCAAUAGGGACUCAGCUCCAAAGCUUUGACUAUGCUUAUGGUGGAAAUCCUCUGCUUUGUGGAGCACCGCUCCCAAAGACAUGCCCUGAGGAGGAAAAAGGUCCAGGACAACCUGUGUUGGUGAACCAAGUCAGCCAGGAUGGGCUCAUAACGCAAGGAUAUUACAUCAGCAUGGGGCUUGGGUUUGCUGUUGGAUUUUGGGGAGUUUGUGGCACUCUUCUACUCAACAGGUCAUGCAGACACACAUACUUUGAUUUCUUGAACCUUUUGAACGAUUGGCUGCACGUGAAGGCAGUAAUCAUCAGUCAAAAGCGUAGGCAGACACCUUUAAGACGACAUGCUUCCCUUCAAUUGAAGAUGCCUGGGACGAAGGACUGCUCCUAUAUUUGUACUAGCUUUCGAGUAUUUGAGUGAUGAUAAAGGGUCUCUUUGAAAUAUAAACCAUCUUUAGUAUAUAAGUUGUACCAUUAUUUGUAAUUGGAACUUCUACCAUGAACUAUUUGGUAUGUUCUGAUGCACCUCAUGGUUUUUCUCUAAUUCAAGCAAGUAUUUUUUUUUCAAUGUAGACGCUGAAUUGCCUUUUAUAUUGCUCUUACGAAUAAACCAAUGGAAUUUGGGUUCAAUCCCAGAAAUGAA